AUGGAAAACAUCCUUAACUUCUGGAUUUUGUGUCAUAUUGGAGACUACGUGGGAAGGAGAAGCCUAAGUUCCCUCACUCUGCCCUCGUUUCUCCCGUCCAGUCAAGCCAGGGUUCCCUUGAGUGAGGAGCCUCCUCUGUUGAGACCCAAGGAAAGGGCAACAAUGAGUAUUCUCCCCGACCGGAUUCCUUUGGCCCCACUCAUGGACAAGGAAAUAUUUGGCACAGGAGUCAGUAUCAAAGAGGAGCUCAGCGGAGAUGUCACCGAAGAGAUGUGGUUGGAAGUAAAGGAAGAGCCGUACGAUUAUGCAGAUGAAGCAAAUUAUGAAGUGAGUGAAGUGAAAGUGAAGAAUGAAUUUCUUUCCAUCAGGGAUCUUCAAGACCUUAAAAAUGAAGCGAAUGAAAAAGACUCGUGUGAUAUUAUUGAGGAUUGCAACACCUUGUCUAAAGCAUCAUUUGUGGCAGAGGAAAAUGAGAUAAAAUGUUCAUCAGAAGAGAAUGAAGCAAAACAUAAGGAAAAUCAUAAAGAUAUUACACAAAGAAAAGUGGAUAGGAAAUUGAAGUCUUUUGUAUGCGAUGUAUGCGGCAAAAUUUUCUACAGAAAGUCAUGUAUACAGAAUCAUAUGAGAGUACAUACAAAGGAGAAACCAUAUAUCUGUGACAUUGCAAAAAAGCCUUUUCUGAGAAAGGUUCUCUAG